AUGGGUUGGACGCACGGCUUCCAGCUGUCACAGAGAGCAACAACCCGAAGAAGACCCAGUUCGUUUCUGGGAUCACGUCGUCAAGCAUUCCUUAGGCCAAGAGAUAAUGGCUGGAAUUAUCCGUUCGGUGCUGCCACCACAGGCGGAAACAGAUACUUUCAGCUGCCUCAUUCCACUUUGGAUGGUAAUUGCUGGCCAAAGUUACCUCGGAAUCGUGGUGGUGGUAUCGUUCAAGGCCGAGGGAGAGUGCGACUGUUAUCAGCAGUUUCCAAUCCAGAACCUCUCGUUUCCGAUCUACAGGAAGGCGAGGGUACUCUUUUGAACGAGCAAUCGGAUGGCGUUGGAAUCAGCUUGAUUGAUCGGAAUUCUCACAAAUUGAACGGUGCAAAUAAUGAAAGAACUCAACCAAAGCUGCAAGAGGAACAGUUGUCAACUGCCUCGGCUACUCAUGACGAAGAGCUUUUCAGCGAUCUAAAAAGCCGCCCCGUCCCAGGUGGAAGCUGGAAUCCAAGAGCGCCUUUGAAAUGGGCAGAAGAGUUUGGACGUCGCUCUGAAGAAAACAACAAUCGUUUACAAUCACUGAUACGGCUCAAAGAGGGAGACGAGGGUUACUUCCCAGUGGAUCCAAAUGAAACGGUUCCAGGAGUAACAAUUGUCAGAACCAAAGAACAGGCCAAAAUUGUUUUGGAAAAGUUGAACCAAGCGGAUCCAUCAAUUUUUCACGCUUGUGACACUGAAGUGAUGGACAUUGAUCUCAAGAAAGUUGGGCCUGUGGGGAACGGCUAUGUUACCUGUAUCAGUGUCUAUUCUGGCCCUGAAUUUGAUUAUGGGCUUGGAGAUGGACCAGGAUCCAUUCUGUGGAUCGACAAUCUUGAUGACGCUGCCGGUAUUCUGCAAGAGUUCAAGGAGUGGUUUGAGAAUGAAAAUCAUUUGAAAGUCUGGCACAACUACGGAUUUGAUAGGCACGUCAUGUGGAACGAGGACAUUGAUGUACUGGGGUUUGGAGGGGAUACUCUUCACAUGGCAAGGCUGCAAGAUUCUUCUCGUGCUCGAUCAGGCAGUGGAAAUGGGUAUAGCUUGGAGGCGCUAUCAGCGGACCUCUUGAAUGACAAAGACGAAAUGAAAACGUCAAUGAAAGAGUUGUUUGGUGUCCCUCGUCUUCGCAAAGAUGGCACAGAAGGAAGCUUGCUAGACAUUCCACCCGUUGAAGUCCUUCAACGAGACCCCACCCAUAGGCAAAAGUGGAUCCAAUACAGCUGUAGAGAUGCCAAGAGCACUUGGCAAAUACGACACAUACUCGAGACAAAACUGAAAGAAGAAAAAUGGGAUGAAGGGAGCGAUGAGAAGAAUUCCAGAAACCUGUUUGAUUACUACUUCUUGCAUAUGCGUCCAUUCGGGGAAGUUUUAACAGAUAUGGAAAGACGGGGAAUUCGCGUUGAUGCUCAUGACUAUCUUGCCGGCGUGGAAGUUCAGGCCAGGGAAGAUCGUAAGCAUCACUCUGAUCAAUUCCGAAGGUGGGCCCAGCAGCAAAUAGGAGCGGAUGGUCUUGCGCUGAAUCCGGCCAGUGCUAUUCAACUCCAGACUUUUCUUUUUGGUGGGGCGAUAAACAUGAAGACAAAGGACAAAACAGAGAUAACGAGGAAAUUCAAAGUUCCCAUAGAGGAAGUUCCUCAGGAGGCACUUGAUGCUUACAAGACCCAGCCGAAGGAGCAAAAGAAAAGCGAAGAGCCCGAGGAGCAAGCGAACGAUUUGGAUGCAAUGACAGCAGCGCAAUUAAAAGAUAUUUGCAAAGAACGUGGACUCAAAUUAGGGGGGAACAAAGCACAACUCAAAGAGCGAUUGACGAAGCAUUUGUGUGGUGUCACGGAAAGUGAAGGCGACGCUGGCACAUUCGAGAUUUUGGCAGAUGCAUUGGCUGAAACCGAGUUGGCCGCAUUAGAUACACUGACAAUAAGCCAAUUAAAGCCUCUGUGCAAGGAACGAGGACUGAAGGUUGCAGGGAAGAAAGCCGAACUGAUCGAGAGAUUAAAAACGUACAAACCACCGGAUAUUCCUGUCGACAAUCCGAGUGCCAAAGGGAAGUUGGACGCCGACGAUGAUCUGGAUUCGAUGACAGAGAAUGAUCUACGAGAUUCCCUUGUGGCCAGGAGUCUGCCUAAGCACGGCAACAGAGAUGACUUGUUGCAGCGUCUUAGGGAUGAUACCAGAUAUAAAAAUGCUUUGGUGGCGGAAAAGAAUCCCCAGGAUAGGGAGGACUACGUUGCUCUCAGCGACGCCUUGGAAGCGGCGACGAAAGUUGAAGGAAGCAAGCUCAGUGAGUUUAUCGCCGAUGUGCGACAGAAAGCACAAGCUGAUCCCAAGCACAUAGACGUGACUGUGACGUCAAUUGGGCUGGAACCGAUCAAGUUUACCGCGGGGGGAUCCCCUAGUGUAACUGCUGACGUGCUGAGGACUCUUGCCGGGGACCCGUUUGCAGAUCCUCCCAAAUACGGAACAGCAUACGAACGAUUUGGCAGUGGGCAAGCUGGCCAUGAUGCGUGUGUAGCACUUUUCAGUCUCUGUGCCAUUGGAUCAAUUGACACUAUGAUUGCAAACUUUUUGACCAGCCUUCAGUGUCUCGCAGAUGAGAAAGAGCGAGUUCACGGAAGUUUGAAUCUCAACACCGAGACUGGGCGACUUUCAUCGCGUCGACCCAAUCUGCAGAAUCAACCCGCAUUAGAAAAAGACAAAUACAAAAUUCGGCAAGCAUUCCAGGCAUCACCUGGGAACAAUCUCAUUGUGGCUGACUAUGGUCAAUUGGAGUUACGUUUGCUCGCCUCCAUGACUGGUUGCAAGUCGAUGAUCGAAGCGUUUGCAUCUGGAGGAGACUUUCAUUCACGAACUGCUUUGGAUAUGUUUGACUACGUUCAGGAGAAAGUAAAGUCUGGAGAAUGCCUCUUGGAAUGGGACUACGCAAAUGGAGACCCACCAAAGCCACUGCUCAAAGACCUGUUUGCCUCUGAGCGUCGAAAAGCAAAAACUCUCAACUUCUCUAUUGCUUAUGGCAAGACUGCUCACGGUCUGAGCCAGGAUUGGGGCGUGGAGCGCAAAGACGCCGAGGAGAUGUUAAAUGCCUGGUACAACGCAAGACCUGAAGUCAGGGACUGGCAAGCCGAGAGAAAGAGAAUCGCCCGCGAAAAAGGAUACACGCGCACUUUGAUGGGUCGAAAGAGACAACUGCCCGAAGCCAUGGGUAAGAUUCCCAAGCUGCAGGGGCAUGCCGAGCGUGCUAGCAUCAACACACCGAUUCAAGGAGGAGCCGCCGACGUUGCAAUGAUGGCAAUGAACAAGAUCAACCAAAGCAAGAAACUGGAGCGGCUUGGAUGGAUCUUGUUGCUCCAAAUUCACGACGAAGUCAUCUUGGAAGGCCCGGAAGAAACGGCCGAAGAAGCCUUUGACGCGGUGAUUGAAUGUAUGCAGGAACCUUGGGCCCUGGGCCUUCCACAAACUUCAGUUCCCUUGCUCGUGGAUGGGUCCUGGACUCACAAGAAUUGGUACGAUGCCAAGUAG